AUGGGAUCUGCAAAGAAGCAACAUGCAAAGACAUUUAGAACGAGGGCUACUAGGUCGACCGGGAAAGCAAAUCUCCUCACAUCUGACCCCUCUCGAAACACGGAAUUGCUGAACAAUCAACUCCGUUCGCUGGGAUUAUAUGCUGCACCUACUUUGGGUGACGGUAACUGUCUUUUUCGAGCGUUGUCGGAUCAGUACUACGGGUCGCCCUCCAAGCAUCACCAAGUACGGCGAGACAUUUGUGAUUUCAUCGAGGACCAUCCCGAGCGAUAUGAAGGUUUCGUCGAUGUGGACGAAUUUGGGGAUGCAGGGGCGAGGAAAGGCAAGGGUGGCGGGCUGAAGGCUUACGUCGCGGGUAUGCGCCAGAACGCGGUUUAUGGAGGGCACAUGGAGCUCUCAGCGUUCGCACAGUUGACUCAAAGAAACAUAAAGGUUAUCCAGCCAGGGCUCGUCUACGUCAUUCAAUAUGACCCUCCGGAACCUUCUACGAGCAAUGUUGCGAAGUCGCCUACGACACCCAAGAAGCGGGACAAGAAGUCCGCGGUGGAUUCACCGUCGAAAUCUGCAAUGGCUGUUGAUGAUACCCCUUCACGACAUACUCGAUCCAGCGCAAAGCUCGAGGCGACUCUGAACGAUCGAGAGAAACGUCACAGGCGACGAGAGCUGCAGCGCAAGAGGGAGGAAGAGGCAAAGCGAAAGCAAGUGCUUAAUACUGAAGGUGAAGAAACAGAAGAGGAUGUGCAAGACGACGACACCACAGUGGUUGUGAAUGAACCUCAAACCAGUGGUCCAAAUAUCUAUGUGGCUUAUCACGACUGGGAACAUUUCUCUUCCGUUCGGAAUUCUCGUGGUCCUCAUAGUGGUAUACCCAAUGUCGAAGAGAUCCCAGCCCCAUCCUCCUACGCCUCGUCGUCGUCCUCACACACAUCCAAUUCUCCCUUCUCCCAGGCAGGAUCGCAGACCUCGCAAUCAUCCAUUCCUGAUGAGCAACCUAAUGAGGAUCUUUCUCCGGCCAAAGUUAGGAAGCGUGAAAGAGAGAAGAAGGAGCGCGAGAAAAAGGAGAAGAAGGUAGCCAAGGGGAAGGAGAAAGCUUCAGGAAAGCCCCAGCCGUUGUCAUCCUCCAAAGGGACGAUGUCGAUGGACAGGUUCCUAAGGUACGAUCCCAAGGAGGCCAAAGCCUCCAAAGUUAGCGUUUGGGAGGUGAAGUCGGAACCUGUGGAUGACGUCUUGCCUCCCCCUGAUUCGACUGUUUCAUUGACCUCUGGAAAGACUGGUUUCAAACUGAAAAUACCUCCGAGGAAAGCUAUAGCCUCCUCACCACCUACUGUACUUUCGCCCUCACACGAAACCAUCGACGUUGAUUCAUACCCCACGCCCUCACCCCUAACUUCAGACACGGAGUCAGAGGAGGGUGAUGUCAACAUAGACGGUAAUGAGGACGCCACCAUGGCAUCCCCAACCAAGCCCACAUCGUCAACGACUAUGGGCCUACCAACCGGUUCAGCCCCGUCGGCGGCUACCUCUCCUCCAGCAUCGCAUUCACCUUCACCCGCUCCAGCCCUAGGAGUAGCCGGGUCCGAUAGUCUCAAUAACGGGAUCCAUUCGCAUAGCAAGGGAACCUCGCCCGGCUCGAGCGGAAACCCGUACCUCAAUAUCAACAUGGCUCUAUCGUAUCCCAACCUCCCGAAUCCACAUAACAAUCUGAACAUGUCGCACUCCAAUGGCUCUCUCCCUAACCUUUCGAACCCACCUCAACAGCAGGUUCAAGCGCAAACUUACAUGGCUGCGAUGUAUAGCUAUGCAGCAGCAGCGGGAUAUCCACCGUACGCAAUGUAUGGCUAUCCAAGUCCCAACGGAGGCGCUAGCACUGGCAGUAUUGGCAGCAGUUCUGGUGGUACAGGUCCUAGUCACCUCUUACAACAGUACCCGUAUGGUUUCCCGACAGGAUAUAGCUAUGGGUAUGGGUAUGCUUACUCCCCGAGCCCUUCUCCCAGUUCAGGCGCACAGGCGCCAAACCUCGGUCAUCGGGCAGGAGACGUCCAAGUCUCGGGCCCUCCGACUCCCAACCCUUACAUGCAUAUGCAGGGCCCUAGCUAUCCUGUCCCUUACAUGCAGACGCACUAUAGUCAGGUACAACAACCCCCUCAGCCUCAGCCAUCACCCGAAUCACAGACCCAGCCCCAGAACUUUAUACAAGCGCCGGCCAACAGUUUAUCGCACUUGACACACCUAUGUUCACCCGAGCGAGGGGAGCGAUCCCCAAAGCGGUCAUUUGAAGAGAGCUUCUCGGACGAUAUUUCGGAUAUGGAGAAGGAUAAAUCUAGCAACAAGUCCGGAGAAGGUGUUCAUUCAAGGUCAAUGAGCAAAGAUUCGACUCAGGAUCCUACCCCUGGUGUUUCUUGCUCCCCCAGUCGUUCUGGGUUUGGUUCUGGGUCUGAGUCGGAAUUCAAGCGGUCGAGAAUCGAUCGCUGGGGGAAAAGGAACGGUUCGAGACGGAGUGUGGACAACGGUCGCAAGACUGAUAAUGUUCAAGUUGUGGAUGGAUCUAAUAACUCUGACCUUGCCGCUAGCGACAUCACCAUCAGACCACCCAUGUGGUCAGACGCUGAUGCUGAUGUUGACGCUGACGCCGAUGGCGAUCCGGAUCCUGACUUUGUUGAGGACGAACCUUCUGGACUUGACCGAGGUAAUGAAGAUACGGAGGAGGAAAGAGAGGUAGAGCACAAGCUCUCUUCUGGUUUUAUUUCUACCUUCACUGAAGCAUAUGAAGAUCACGAGGACCCAGACGAUGACGACCUUGAACCCGACAUAAAUCGCUCACAAUCGCCGUCAUCCGCGCCAAACGCUAACGGCAAGAUAAAAAAUAAAGCACCUGAACGGACACUCACCCGCCGGCAACGCAAGAAGCUGGGGUUGCCCAAGUCGCAUUCUGGCGCUGGUAAAAUUGUCAUUCCCGGUGGGAAACAUGCGCAGACAGGACCAGCAGAUGAGUGGCUUGCCAACGGCGCGGGUAGAGUGGAUGUAAGGGGUUUUAGGGAACUCAAGAUUUAA